UUACAGGUUUGCCCUCGUAUCACCACAGCCACCAACUCUCCCUCUCCCUCGCCGCCGGCGCGCGAGCUUCACCAGCCAUGGCCGCCACCGCCGCCGCCUCCGUAGCCGCGAUUUCGCCUCUCCCCGGGGCAUCCCUCCCGCGCCCCGUCUCCGCGAGGGUUCCUCUUCUCCCUAGGGCUUCCCCUCCCACAUGGCGCCUCAGCGUCGGCUCGGCGCGCGCGCGGUCGACGCGGUGCCUUGCGGCGGCGGGGGGUGGCGGGCUGGCGCCGGAGAUGAGGGCGACGCUGGACAAGGUGGUGGGGUCGCACAAGGUGGUGCUGUUCAUGAAGGGGACCAAGGACUUCCCGCAGUGCGGAUUCUCCCACACGGUGGUGCAGAUACUCCGGUCGCUGGACGUGCCCUUCGAGACGCUCGACGUGCUCGCCAACGAGGCGCUCCGCCAGGGGCUCAAGGAGUACUCCAGCUGGCCCACCUUCCCGCAGCUCUACAUCGACGGCGAGUUCUUCGGAGGAUGCGACAUCACCGUUGAUGCAUACAAAAGUGGAGAGCUGCAGGAAACACUAGAGAAAGCAAUGUUAUCUUAGUAUAAACGUCGAAACACACCAUAGAGUACAUAUAAAUGGUAUAUGGUCCUUUACGAUGUACUCUUCAGCCAUGACAAAGAACUGGUGAUGCUAAGAUUGUCAACAGUUCAAUUCAUCAAGCAGUGAGGUCCAACUCGAACGUGCAAUUGUACUCAUGACUAAUAAAUUUUAAUAUUGAUGACAAAUACUUCCUGUUGCAACACUCGGAUGUCACAGCUCUAAAUGUCUGGAUCUCUAAAUGUCUGGAUGGUAUUCUCUUAUAGAGCUGAGGCGAUGAUCUUGUACCUAAAAAGAUCCAAAACUUGGAGCGAAAUCUUUUGCCCAAGUAGUCCAAUCUAUUUGUUUUUCAUCGCUCUUAAA